AUGUCGUCACCAUUUUAUCCCCAUUUACAAACCACACAUAUUGAUGGUGGUAAAUACAUCUAUUUUUAUUUGAGAAAAAUAUAAAAACGUUUAUUUUGGCGGUGCUUACUCUAAGGCGGCCAUAUGAACAAUAAGACAAACGCAUGUAGCUAGCUAAGCAAUCUGUUUUAUUUUUCUUGAAUAACGUGGUAUUUGUUAUUCCUUUUCUGUACAUUGACAGUAUAAUGGUCUUGUAUCUGUGUUAAACGAUAGCAGGGAGUAUAAUAGAGGCAAAGCCACUGAUGUGAGAGUAAUUUGACCAGAUGGCCAUGCAGUGUUAGCUCAUUCCUGGGAAAAUAGCAGAGUAUGUCUGGGCAAAAGCUAUUAUUCAGAAUGGUGAUGGAGAAAUCCACAUAGGCCUACAAUAAUUAUAGGUUUCACUUGUAUAAUCGAAUUUCCUCCCCAAAACUGAAAGGAGUCUAUGAUGUAACAAAGUAUAUGACGUAAUUUAUUAUUAUUAUUAUGUUAGUGUGUUUCAAAGUUCUCCGUUCUGAAAGAAUGAGACUUUGCCUCGGCUUCAUCAAAAAGGUGUAUUUUUUGGUACUUAAUGUGUAUUUAUUUAAAGAGCCCAUGAGAUAAAUAGGAGAUUAUAUCAUAUCUAUUUUUCUUUCAAAAGUAUAUCUAUUUGUAUUUAUAUUUUCAGAGAAAUAGUUAUUUAUCAUAGGGGAAAAUGGAGGAGAAACCAACUAUGAGUGAUAUCGAUUUGGACAAGAUCCUUUCUACACCUCAAGAAGUACCACAUUCCGUUGAGGUGGUACUGAGGAAAUUGGAAAUUGCUGAAAUGGGUCGAGCUAAACGAGACAUGGCAGGGAGACUGCACGUGAUCCUGAACAGUGUAAACAAGGCGCUGUGCCGCAUGCGCUUGGCCUCGGCUGUAGAGGAGGAGGAUGAUGACCUGAUAACACAAUCACAGCAUCUGGAGGAGAAGCGCAGGCGUGGCCAGCAGCUCGUCACUAUCCAAGCAUUCCUACAGUCCAGCCUGGACAAGGAAAAUGAGCUCAGCGUGGUCCUCCAGUGGCUCAGAAACAUGAACCAGGAGCUGGUGGAGGUGGAGGAGGACGAGGACUUCCGGGAGGUGGAUGGUAUCACUGAGGAAUGGGUUGAGGAGAUGCAAGACAAGAUCCAGAGUUUCAUGUCGGACAUCCAAGCUUGCAUUGUACGUCUUCACGAGCUUUGUGGAUUCCUCUUUGAACUCGACACCAGGAAAACCAAAAAGAAAGAAGCAGAACAUAAGAAGGGAGGUGUGUGGCACUGGUGGCUGGAGUCAAAAGUCGAUGCCAGGACGAUACUGAAGAUCCAGGAGCUGCAGCCGCCCACAGUGGACCGCAUGAUGGCGGAGCCCAGCCUGGCCACCAAGUCUUCCACAGAUCUGUCCUUCAUGCUGGGCGACAUCUCCAAGUCCAUGUCCUGCAACAAGGCCAUGAGCAUGGCCUUUAAGUUCAUUCAGACGGGGCUCCACAACCUAAACGAGGCUCUGCAGGAGCGCACAGGCGAGGCCCACAAAGCCCAAGCCCAACUGGAUGAGAUGAAGGCUGAUGACUGCCGUGCUAACCUGGCCCGUGCCAAAGCAGAGCUGGAAGGGGGCAAGACAAGGAUCACCAAACUGGAGGGAGAUAACUAUAACCUUCAGGAGGAGAUUGCAGCGCACAUGUUCCAGAUCCACAAGCUGGAGGGGAUGGUCAGGUCAGGUCAACAGGGUUCUGUGAUUAAAGUGAUUGAGCCGAUGAUGGAAUUCCCCAUGACUCAGAGCCAAACCCAGCCAGAGAGCACCUCAGUCCCAUUCAAUCCGAAAUAUCCCAGAUGGCCCCCUCCGUCUAAGAAGGAGCAGAAGCCAAAGAUAGCCCCAUCAGUGGUGGAAUCACAGCUACCCAAGAGCCCACCCAAGACUGCGGCUGGGACGGAGCCAGAGUCCAUUGAGGAGGAGUAUGUCGAAGAGGAGAUACCUCCCACACCUUCCCCUGUGUCUGAAGAGGAGAUCAAGCCCGAGCCAUCACCUGAUGAAUUGGACCUCUUUGAGGCCAUGGAGAAGAACAGCACCAGCCUCUUGGAUGGCUUCCAGUCAUCUGUGUUCAACAUAAUUGAAAAGUCCCUCAGUGUUAAGGGUAUAGGCCUAGAGGCAGACAAGGCCAACGAUGCCAUCAAACUCUACAUCAUCCUUCAGAAAACCAUCCGAGACUCCUUCAACAACAUCACCUCCAAACUCCAUGGGAAAUUUACAGACAGCAUCCUGAACAUGCCGUUUGAGGAGGACGCCACCAAGUCACCAGGGGACAUGCUCAAAGAGAUCAACUCUAUGUUCGUCAGCCAUGACCAGAACAUUGAAAGUUUGGGCGCCAAUGUGCACAUGCUCAUGAAAGAAGAAGACAAGAACGCCAAGUCUGCUUCCAAGAAAGGACCCCACCAAGAAUGCCGUCACUCUGUGUCUGAGGUCCUGAUCCAGUUGAAGAACAUCAACAACAUGAGCAAGCAGCAGACCUGUAAGAUGCGCCUGGCCCUGGAGAACCUCAUAGACAUGAACAACAGGUUGGAUAAUGAGCCCAAGACUGAGGAGGAACAGCCAUCCACCAGCCAUUUCUCCAUCUCGUCCUCUGACAGCUUUGUAGAGGAAGAAGAGAUCAGAGUGGAGAAGAAACGCCACCACCACAUCGAGAAAACUGUCAAAGUACCGGUAGAGAAGCGAAUCAAGAGGAGACAUACUCCACAUCAGACAACGAGGCAAGUACUGAAACCCAGACUUAUAGAGACAGCCAACCAGGGGGACAUGGAGCGGUAUAAGAUGGAGAUUGAGGAGGAGGGGAGGAAGAUAGAGAAAACGGUGAUGGUGGGGGCGACCUACCAGGUGAAUGUGGUGUCUCAGAGGACCAACCUGAAUCUCCUGAGGCAGGCGGCGAUCAGCGGGGAGAUCUCCACUGAGCUGUACAGCAUGGCCAAGGACCUCAUCACACACAUUCUGGGCAUGGAUGAGAUUAGACUGGCCUGCCUGCUCCGCAAGUUCAUGGCCUACAGAUCAGUGCAGCAAGUCCGUUACAAUCUGAAUAUGCAGUUGGUUGCUGCUCGGGAGCUAAAGGAUGGACAGUCGGUAAAAGAAAUAUACUCCUUCCUGACGAAACUGGAUGUGUACCAGAAACGGACGUUGCGUCGGUGGAGUGCUAAACAAGCUGCUAUUGAACACAGCCGCAAGACCUGCCUUGCUCGCAUGCUAUAUCUUUUCAGUGAGAUAAGACAAGACUACAACGUGCACCUGCUCACCCCGUUCCCGUGCUCCAGCCACUCCCGUCAACAUCUGGCCAUCAAGUCCCACAAGCUGACGUGGUCCCUGAACCCUGGUUGCCAGCGCCGCCACCUGCCCACUCCAGCCCAGACCCCCCACCUGGUGAUGCCCGCCUCAGAGGCCGGACCCCUGAGCGGAGUCAGGGAGCUGUUGAGGGGUCAGCUACCCACACUGUGGCAUUGUAAUCUGACCAUGAACAACAUGCAGCUGGCCAGGAAGAUGGCCUCUCCCCCCUGCAACCUCUCCUCCAUCCCCCUGCUGAUGGAGAUGGACGUCAACCAUAGCCGAGCCACUGCACUGCGCUCUGCACAGGGCAGGAUGAGUGGGGGAUAGCUGCAUGCUUUCUAGAGGAGAUGUGUUGAUGCAUAGGGAGAUGAUCUACUGAAGGGAUCCAGUCUGUCACUAAUCUCAAACGCCAUCCAUUAAAGAAUAUGUUCACUCCAGCCCCAUGCUCCAUGCCUCAUUUACUCCCACACUGUAGUUUUCAGUGGCGUCACAGGACAGCUGAACAAGCACGUGUGCAAAAGGUACAGUUGUUGAGCUGUCGGGAAGAGGCAUCCAGUGAAUCCAUUCACAUAGCCACAUCAUUUUAAAAACCUUGUUGAGAGGGGUUUCCUCUCCCCUUCCAUAAGAUUUUCCCUCAUUGUUUGCCUUGGUAUCAGGACUGGACAUGGGUUGAUUCCUACAGUAUGUUAAUGCAUGCAGAAGUACUGUAUAUUAGGGGUCUUUAACUGCUUCCUGAAAACCCUAUUUGUUAGGUGCCUCCUAAGAAGAGGUAGGUGCACGAGUCAGGAGCAGGAGAGCAAGGAAUUCCAGUUUGCACAGUCGUUUAUUAUAAGUCCCAACCCACCAACAACAGGCGGGGAAAAUCACGAAACACACGGAGGAGAAACCUCUACUCCUAACACAGUACCAACGGUACAACGACUGUGAGGGGAAAAAAACCCUGUGGCGCAAACACGCACCCCUAACAGAGCUAACACAGCAAAAUAAUCCCGCACAAAGACUAGCAGGCAGUGGAGGUUAAUAAACCCACCGAAAUUAACUAAUCAGACACAGGUGAUAACAACAACAGACAGACACAAACGAAAAGGAAAAAUGGAUCGGUGGCAGCUAGUAGGCCGGCGACGACGACCGCCGAGCACCGCCCGAACAGGGAGAGGAGCCACCUUCGGUGGAAGUCGUGACACUAUUAGAAGUGUAUCUGGCUUUCCAGAGCAGUUCUGAGAAUUCACUUUUUUUCUGUUUGCGCACCAGCAGGUGAAGACCGCUUAUAGAGCAAUUGUUGCAGCAGUAGCACAGUGACUACAAAUAAUAAUUCACUCACAGUCACACACAAUAUACCAAUCGAAAAUCAAAUCAAGAAUCGGCUUUCUAUUCCGCAACAAAGCCUCCUUCACUCACGCCACCAA